AUGACCCUCCCAUCCCGAAAUCCCUCACCACCUCCCCAAGCUCGCCCCAAACCAGGCCUCCUCCUCGUACACCCCCGCCUCCACGACCCCACCCCAGCCAAUGCUACCACUUUCCUCCGCUGGACCAAACUCCAUUUCAGAGAUCUGCUCAACGUACCCGACACUGGUUCCGGUCGCGUCACACAAGACUUGCGGUUCGCUGGGCCGGAGGGCGAUGAUGGGUAUACGCAUACGCACGACAACAAGGAAGAAGGAGAAGGUGGCAAGGGCGCGAUGCCUAAAUACUUCUACACGUGCCUGAUGGAUGACAUUGCGUUUCUCAAAACGGAAGCAUACAUGGGUAUCAGUCGAAGACUGAACCUGGAAAAGAGCAGGGGUUUAGAGGAGGGGGAGGUGGGCGUGGGGUUUCUGGCAGAGGAGGAAGGGGAGGAGAAGAUGGUGUUUGAUAUCGUGGAUGCCCAAUUCGCUGUGUAUGAAGAAGUAGGGGGGUUGGGAAGGGAAGGUGAGAUGCCGUUUCAACGUCUACCAAAGCAUCUCGCUUCGCGGAUGGGCGCAGCGCCGAAGUCUGUGCUUGUUGCUGUGAAUUUGGAUGUUCCAUUUGUGCCGCGGGCUCUUCACGACUCUCUCCUUGCUCGCUUCAAGGCUGUUGUUCCGCCGGCUCUGAAGCCGUACUCGUCGUUGUAUAAGUGGGCGGGGGUGGAGGCGCAGCCGGAGGCUCAUCCGUUGAUUGGCAAGGAUGGGAGGGGGGAGUGGAUGGUGCUGCUUUUGUUGGUUGAUGAGGAGGGGGAGACCGUUGAGCGCAAUGCGCUCCAAUCGCCUCUACUGCGUCUACCCCGCGAACUGCGCGAUCUCAUAUGGACCUUUACCUUUACGGGAACUGCAAAACCCGCUUGCAAGGUUUCCCGAUACUCUCCAUUCAGCGUCCUUACGGUAUGCCGACAAAUCUACUCCGAAGCUAUCAGUGUGGCGGGUCCAUUCCUUACCUGGUCUUUCAGCUGCCUGCGAGACUACGAAUCCUUCUUUUGGGACAUAAUAUAUAGUGAAGGACCAAAGCACAAGAUUCGCCUCGUACACUCCAUACAGAUUGGCGUCGAUCCUUCGGAUCUGUACAUGCUAGCCCAGAUAGUAGAUCCGGGGACUGACGAUGAUGUGGAUGACGAAACGGGUGAAUACCGUCCCACGCUCCGUGCUUUCGAGAAUCUAACGCAUGUGGAUCUACUAUUGUCCGCUACGGGGUUCUUUGCGGAUUCUGAUAACGAAGACGACGAGGAAGCUGAAGAGGUUGAGCCAACCCGGUAUGAGAGCGAAUAUAUCGAGGAAUCCAGAGUCAACUUCACCAAAACUAUGGAACGGAAGCUUCCUAGUGUGCGUGUAACGUACAAGGACUUCGAUGACAGCUCGGCAAUGAAAAGGUUCUGGACAACGCAAGAUCCCAAGGAGUUGAUUCUGCGGACGUCCUCUGGUCGGUGA